AUGAGGGAACACCUGAGAGAUUCGUGCCGCGCCGUUACAUCACCUGGCGCAACGCAUGGCGAGGGAAACAUAGGCGGCAAUGUGGAGCUUGAGGAUGGAAACACAAGAAAGAAGAGAACACACUGGGCUGGAAAUCUCCUCUCAUGGUUUUCCAACAAGCCGAAGCCUACUCCCGUGUCAAGUGGGGAGCCAGACAUGAUAGAAGACUUGUCAACUGCGGAGACAGACAUGUUGGACGCCGUGAGGGGAGAGUUGCACGAGGCAGGCGAUAUCAAGACGCUCCUACUACGAGCGCUAAGCGACAAUGAAGCGCUUAAUGACAGCCUCACGGGGGUUUGCCAAAGUGUCAACUCUCUUAAGGAAUCAGUUCAACAAGAACUUGCACCCGUAGGACAAAUUAGUGAAAUGACACAUUGCGUGUUGGAUGGUAUGAGCACACUCCGUGGAGCGCUCAGCGGUGAAAUGACCGAGAUAAAAAAUCAAACGGCCGAACAAUUUCCGCGGAUUCGAGACGUAAUCGAGAGCGCAAAAAAAGAUGCAGAAGCACAUGCCAAAACAAUGCUGGAGGUGCAGAAGAAAGUGCUAGCCUACGCCGAAAAGAAUGAGUCCCGCUGCGACUUCUUCAUUCCAGGAAUAGAGUCACUUGAAGCGCAGGCCUUGAAUGACGGCAACUCCGCAUUUCACCAUGGAAAGGUUUACCUGCGUGGUUACAAGGUUUCACCAGGUGUAGUACUACGGAGUAAGGGACGAAGCGUGUCACUGGAAAUGGGGCUACAGCUGCACAGAGGCGACCACGGCGAUGAAAUUCAGUGGCCAUUCGAGCACAAAAUCAGGUUCACUAUUCUGCACCCUGUGAAAAACGAAGAACAAAUAUUCAUCGACAAGACAUGGCCUCAUGUUCUUGAAGCAUUUGAGAAGCCAACAAGCUCCAGCAUAUACCAGCAAUACAUUUAUUCACUUCAAUGA